AGGCUUCGAUGUUACCCCUGUGCUCGAUUUCAACGAUGUGAUGUGCCAUAAAAAUCAAAUAACGUAAGUGUUGAGUUUACAUCGAACGAAUGGGAAAGGAGCAGGAGCUUGUGGAAGCCGCUCGCAAUGGGAAUUACUGCCAGGUCGAGAAGCUACUCAGUCUCCGCACGAAGCGAGUCGGACCCUUAGCGAGUUUGCGUCGAGGGCCAGGUCCCAAUGCGCAAGAUGCGAGUGGGUAUUCCGCUUUGCAUCAUGCGGCGCUCAACGGUCACAAGGAUGUUGUCGAGCUGUUGUUGUCACACGAGGCGUCGACGAAUUUGGUCGACUGCAAAGGCUCAACACCGCUGCAUCUUGCGGCUUGGACCGGCAAGUCUGAUAUCGUCGACGUUCUCUUAUCCCGAGGACCCUCCAUUCCGGACGUUAAUUGCAUGAAUCGAGAUAACGAUACUGCUUUGCAUUGCGCGGCACAAUACGGACACACUGCAGUUGUGACCUUGUUGCUUGAGUAUUCCGGGGAUCCGACGAUCAAAAACAUGCGAGAUGAAACUCCGCUGGAUUUGGCUGCCCAAUACGGUCGCUUGGAUACCGUGGAUCUCUUGAUUCGGUCUCAUCCCGAACUACUUCUGCCGUAUUCGAAGGANCACACUGCAGUUGUGACCUUGUUGCUUGAGUAUUCCGGGGAUCCGACGAUCAAAAACAUGCGAGAUGAAACUCCGCUGGAUUUGGCUGCCCAAUACGGUCGCUUGGAUACCGUGGAUCUCUUGAUUCGGUCUCAUCCCGAACUACUUCUGCCGUAUUCGAAGGAAAAUUGCAAGCACAGAGCUUUUGGAAUCACGCCGCUGCAUUCUGCUUCAAGAAAUGGCCAUAAGAACGUGGUUAAUUUGUUGCUGAAGAGUGGCUUUGACGUGAAUGCCGUCACUCCUGUGGGUACAGCUUUGCAUGAAGCCACAUUGUGUGGGAAAGUGGAGGUGGCCAAGAUCUUGUUGGAACAAGGCACGGAUGUGAAUGUCGCCGACUGCCAAAACCGAACUGUGAUGACUAUUGCUGAAGAGCUCAACACUAGCGUUACCCGGGAAAUACGUAGUCUCAUAAAAGAUAAGACAAUCCUAGUUGACUUUGGCGAAGACUGGAGCCGGUCGAAAGUUGUUCCGCCGACUGUUGGGAGUCCUUAUGACAAUGUUUUCUUCCCUCCCAGACCUGAAUCUUCCCAACCAUGGGACACUGUUAUAGAAGAUUACAAAAGACAUAGACGGCACCAAUCCUUCGAAGCUGGACAGUUGUCGAAGUCACUAGAUAUGAUGGAAUCCGACGACAUGUCGUCAUCGUCUGGAAAUGAUCCUUCGCCGAGAAUGAUCGCGGCGGAAGCCGCAGCUGCGAAAGCUGUGCCUUCUGGUGGCGCCCGUUCCAGAGUCGCCGGUGGACGAUCAAGGCCUCCAAAGAAGCCCCCAAGAAGAGCAUUUGCUCCUCCCACCACUGGAGGUCGCCACUCUCGCACUCUCAGCUUCGACACCAACGUGGACAGAGGGCACGAAAUCCCUUGCCUGAGCAAGUUGGUUGAGCUGUCACUGCUCCUUGUUCUGCAACUACUGUGGCGCUGCUUUUCCCUGCUACCCGGCAGGAACAGGUCGGGAUCCGCAGACAAUCUUUUAGACAGUGUCGUUGCUGGGAAUCAUCAGGGACAAAAGAGACGGAGGAAGUUUGUUGCUGAAGCCAGGAUCGCGUUGGAAAGGGAAAAAUCGCCGUCGAGUCCGACGCAUUAUCAACAACCUCCGACUCCUGAUCAUCCUCCACCACCUGCUUGCCAGGCGCUGACAAGCAUUGCUGACAGGAUUUUGCCUUUUACCAAUGGUUUGGCUUCGAGAAACAAGCGACAAUCCAGGGACAUAGAAACGGAGACUGACGAUGUGUUGGUUGUCGUGAAUAAAGUGGAUGUUGGCUCAAGCAUGACCCCGACAGCAGAAGAAUCGAGGUUGUUCAAAGGCUCAGUGGUGCCGAAGUCGAAAGAGCAGCUUAUUAUUCGUCCUGUGACGAAAGUUCAGUCCCUUUCGUUCAACGCUGCUGAUACGGAAAUGGCGAAGAAACGAUUGCAGGUUGAGGAAAAGCCAAAGAACCUGGAGACCAAAGACACUGCAAAACCUGUGGAUGAAAAGUCCCUGAGUUUGCAAAUGCUGAGUCCCUUUGAUGAGAAGGAAGAGUGGAACAAGAUAUCUGAGCUCAUUGCUUCCAUCAGCAGUGGGUUGAGUCAAGAAGAAGCUUUAAUUCCGUCUUUUGUUGAUCGAGAAGUUUGCAACAGACAAGUUUCCAUGAUGUCGAAUGGGUGUGAGCUCAAGGACUGGUUGACGAAACUUGGACACGAAGAUCUACUUGCCCAAUUUGUAUCAAGAGGAUUUGAUGAUCUCCAAUUUCUGGGUUCAGGAAUAUUGGAAGAAAGUGACCUGACGGACAUGGGAGUACGUGACCCGAGAAGUAGACGAACUAUUUUGGAACAAGUCGCCAGACUUCCUUGCAAAUUGCCCAAAAUCUCGCCUGGGGAAAAGUAUGUUGUCGAAAGAUUCGACAGUGUGGAAGAAUGGCUGUCAUUCCUCAACCUAGACUUUUACGUGUCCAAGUUCCAUCGCUACAAGUUCAGCAACAUGAACAAGGUGAAGAAAAUGUGGGAAGUUGAGUUGACGACUAUUCUAGAAAUCACUCUUCCUGGACACAAGAAACGAAUCCUGGCGUCAAUAGGACCUGAGAAAGAAGAUGGUCGCUUUUCUUCUUUGUCUUCAAGCACUUCAUCUUUGGCAGCUGACAGGGUGCCACCUGGUGGAAGAACUGGGUACCAAAGCGAUGUUUCUGCUGAUCUCUGUAAACUGGAAAGUUGGGAUCCUUUCAAGGAUCCCAGAGUUUCGUGUCCAGUACUGGAAAGAGACCCUGACGACGGAGGCGUUUUCCACGAAUUUCCUGCUCAGCGUGUUCUAUGCGAGCAUGAGUUGCAGAAAAUAAGCUCUGCUUCUCAAUUGGACGCUGAUUCCCGUUAUUUCGGGUACGUGACCUUGGAUGACCCGAGUGGCAUUCAUUAUUGUCACGUGUUCUCCUCCGAUUCCGCGGCAAUUGCGAUGGAAGUGAUCAAUGCUUUGCGAGGCACAUUCCAUCCGAAAAUCCCUGCGAAACCAGUGUUGGCAAGCAAAGCAAAUGCUCCUCUUUUGCUGGUCUCUGCUGGAACAGCUGUGUCACCUGCCGUGGAAAUGUCCCGCUCUGUGACUUCUGAAGCCAGUGACUCUUUGAUGGGGACACCGAAAGUUGGAUGGCCUGCUGAAAGGUCGCUGUCCACGAGUGACGUGCAGGCAUCCUCAAGCAGCAACGGUUUUGUCAAGCGCUCAACUUCCAGUUCAUCUGACAACUCGCCUCCUACUAAUAAGGUGCCAAAGAAGAAGGAGGAAGAAGCCGUAAUGGUGGUGGUGAAGAGGCAGACCUCUACUACGUCCUUGGACAAGCCCAAGAUCCCUGCCAAACCCAAGUUUGUUCCACCUCCGCCGAAAAACGCACACCUGAGAGCCGGGUCGCCAAUGUUGCAGCCUUCACCUUUGAUGUUGCGCAAAGCUCAGAGCACUCCUCAAGUAGACAUCACUAGCCCGAAUCUCAAGCGAGCUCCACUUGCUACCAGUGAAGAUUUCUGA